GCUUCCGGUUGUUGCCGGGCCCUAUAUCCGGUGUCCGCCCGCCCUCGGCUCCGCCGCCGCCGCGAUGCUGUCCCGGUCACGCUGCGUGUCUCGGGCGUUCAGCCGCUCGUUGUCUGCUUUUCAGAAGGGGAACUGCCCUCUAGGGAGACGUUCCCUGCCUGGGGUCUCCUUAUGUCAGGGACCAGGUUACCCUGACAGCAGGAAGAUUGUUAUUAACAACAGUAGUGUCUUCAGUGUUCGCUUCUUCAGAACUACAGCUGUGUGCAAGGAUGAUGUGAUUACAGUCAAAACCCCAGCGUUUGCAGAAUCUGUCACAGAGGGAGAUGUUAGGUGGGAGAAAGCUGUUGGAGACACUGUUGCAGAAGAUGAAGUGGUUUGUGAGAUUGAAACUGACAAGACAUCUGUGCAGGUCCCAUCACCAGCAAAUGGCGUGAUUGAAGCGCUUUUGGUACCUGAUGGGGGAAAAGUAGAAGGAGGCACUCCUCUUUUCACGCUCAGGAAAACUGGCGCUGCUCCUGCUAAGGCCAAGCCACCAGAAGCUCCUGCUGCUGCAGCCCCAAAAGCAGAGCCUACAGCAUCGGCAGUUCCUCCUCCCCCUGCAGCAUCCAUACCCACUCAGAUGCCACCAGUGCCCUCACCCUCACAACCUCUCGCUAGCAAACCGGUGUCUGCAGUAAAACCCACUGCUGCCCCUCCCGUAGCUGAGCCAGGAGCUGGCAAAGGUCUGCGUUCAGAACACCGGGAGAAAAUGAAUAGGAUGCGGCAGCGCAUUGCUCAGCGUCUGAAGGAGGCCCAGAAUACGUGUGCGAUGCUGACUACGUUCAAUGAGAUUGACAUGAGUAACAUCCAGGAGAUGAGGGCUCGGCACAAAGAUGCUUUUCUGAAGAAACAUAACCUCAAACUAGGCUUCAUGUCGGCAUUUGUGAAGGCCUCAGCCUUUGCCUUGCAGGAGCAGCCUGUUGUAAAUGCAGUGAUUGACGACGCAGCCAAAGAGGUGGUGUAUAGGGAUUAUAUUGACAUCAGUGUUGCGGUAGCCACCCCACGGGGUCUGGUGGUUCCCGUCAUCAGGAACGUGGAAGCUAUGAAUUAUGCAGAUAUUGAGCGAGCCAUCAGUGAACUGGGAGAGAAGGCCCGAAAGAAUGAACUUGCUAUUGAAGAUAUGGAUGGUGGUACUUUCACCAUUAGCAACGGAGGUGUUUUCGGCUCGCUCUUCGGAACGCCCAUCAUCAACCCCCCUCAGUCGGCCAUCCUGGGCAUGCAUGGCAUCUUUGAUAGGCCAGUGGCUGUGGGAGGCAAGGUGGAGGUGCGGCCCAUGAUGUAUGUGGCACUGACCUAUGAUCAUCGGCUGAUCGAUGGCAGAGAGGCGGUAACUUUUCUCCGCAAAAUCAAGGCAGCGGUAGAAGAUCCCAGAGUCCUCCUCCUGGACCUUUAGGAGGAAGCCACGUACCCUACGCACCAACCAUGCAGGAACUGAAAACCAGUCUUCUCCCUGUCCCCUCACGGGUCCCAGGUUGGCCUGGUGUCAGGCACAUGUUGUUGGCCUCAAGCAAGGAAACCAGGGCACUAUGUAACCAGCAGCCACAGGUCUCUUCUUGGUAUUCUGCCAGGCUCUCCCCUUCUGUGCACCCUUCUCUUACACUCGAAUAUCUUCUUUAGGCUUGAGGGAGAGAGCGCCUUAAUGGAUGCUCAUUAAUAUUUCAUGCCUUUCUCCCAUUAGUCUUGUGCAGAGAUGAUUUUGCUUCUCCCCUGUGCCAGUGUACUACAAUAGGGAAACCACUGGGGACCAUGUGAUCAAGUUUGUAUCUUUUGAAAGUCUGUUCUGGGCUAGGAGGGGAUGGUGUCUCCCAAGCUCAGAGCGGCCUCUGUCCACCUGUGUGGAGGCAUCAACCACAGGCCAAGAGGUGCUGCUUUGCUGCUUAAAUGACACCUUUAUUCUCCACUCUCAUUGACUUCAAGAUGCCUCUUCUACCUCGUUCAGGAAGCGCAGGCCAGGGGAUCUGGGUAGGAGCGGGGAGAGGGCAGACCCCCCCCCCCCGCCCCGAGGUGUAUGUUGUAGAAGAGACAGGCUUGCCGUCACCCUCCAUCGUAGCCCCAUUUUGGCACAGUAACACACAGCUGUGAUUGUGCCAACCUUUCCAGGCUGCUCGGAACCAUUCUAACACACUGUCAUUUAGAACAGAUUCUAGCACAUCAUGGCAGUGGGACAAGGUGUGGUCACAGGGCUGGAGCCAGGUGAGACUGGGGUGAGGGGGUGUCCUGUGGACUGGCUCAGAUUGAUUUGAGCUUGUAAAUGCCAUUGGUGUAAGCACUUGGCCUGAAGAGGCAGCUGUUUCUCUGUAUCAUGGCCCUUGGGGAGCAGGGCCUUAGCUCUUCUGCAGAACACAGGUCUGGAGGAGGUUGGACUGUGUGGAAACCAGCCCCAAGAUGCUAAUAAACGGUGGGGAGACAGGCAGUGUCACCUGUGAGGUGGUGUUGCCUGUUGGGUUUGGACGCAGUCAUUGGAAUUGCUUGGAGCUAGUUUAGAUACAUACUUCUUGUCAUGAAAGCCACUGGGCUUCAUCGCUUUGUAUCCAACUGCAUCCAGGCCUGAGGUUGCUGACGGUUGAGACCAGGAACCACUUACUUAGUGCAGAGUGCCCGUUUGGAUCUGGAGCAGAGAAGCAAGGCCUGGAGGGUGGGGUGGGGUGGGGGGUGGGGGGAAGGGACAGGAGCCAAUACUGAGUGCCUGCAGCAUCUACUAUGUCUUCACUAUUCAGAACUUGUAACUAAAAUAUUUAAAGAAACUGAUUUUAAAUGCAAAUUAAAGGGCAAAUGUUCUCAAAAGG